AGGAUUACCCCAAAAAUCGUCACCCUGGCUGGAGCAGGGGCUCGGUGGCCUACCACGCAGACGACGGAAAGCUGUUCCAUGGCAGCGGGGUCGGAGAUCCCUUCGGCCCCCGCUGCUACAAGGGCGACGUGAUGGGCUGUGGGAUCAUGUUCCCUCGGGACUACGGCCGGGACAGCGAAGGUGACAGCGAUGACGCCUCGGAGCCCCCCGAGGUGAAGGUGAAGGUGCGCAACGUGAUGUACCUGGAGGAGGAGGAGGAGGAGGAGGAGGAGGAAGAGGAGGAAGAAGAAGAGGAUGGGGAGGACAUGGAGCAGGAGCAGGAGGGCAGGAAGGUCGUGGUGUUCUUCACACGGAACGGGAUGGUCGUGGGGCGCAGGGAGGUUGGGGUCCCCCCCGGGGGGCUCUUCCCCACCGUGGGGAUGCUCAGCACUGGUGAGAAGGUCAAGGUGGACCUGCACCCCCUGAGUGGAUAAAGGGGGCCCCGCGUGGGGCCCCCCAAAACCUGAAACCCUGCGGUGCUCCUGGUGCCCCCUCCGGGCCCUCCCAGUGCACUUUAGGGGGUUUCCACAGCAGUGGGGACCCCCCCAAGGUGGUUUUUAGGGGGUUCACUCCUGCCCCCACCCCCAUAAUGUCCCUCUUAUGGCGCCUCUUUGGUGGGGGGGGUUCCCCUCAUUGAAUCCCCCCUCAAAAGUACCCCACCCAUGCCCCCCUAGAUGGUUUUUGGGGAGUCUCAGCCAUGGCCCCCUCAUUUUUGGGGGACUCAGUCCUGUUUCC